UGCUAUGGAUAACAGCAUCCAUUCUCGUUGAGAAAAAAGAACGAACUCCGGCACCGUGAUGCUCGCCCAUACGCACCUCCCUCCUCCGCUUCCACAUCCCGCCCCAGCCCCGCCUGCUCGCCGCUCCGGCGGCGGCGGCGGUGUGGAGUUCCGCCGCAAGAUCCAAUUCCUCUCGGCGGAACUCCACCUGGACCCAUUCCCGCUCCUCGCCCUUCACCCCGAGCUCCGCUCCGCGCCGCUCCCGCUUCUCCAGGCCUCCCUACGCCUCCUCCUCUCACACGGACUCUCCUCCGGCGACGCCUCCCGCGUCUUCGCAGCCUUCCCGUCGCUCCUCACCUCCCCUCCCGAGGAGUCCCUCCGAUUCCUCUCCGCCGCCGCGCCGCUGCCCCCUCCUCUCCUCCGUGCCGCCGUGUCCCGCUCCCCUCGCCUGCUCGCCGCGUCCAUCCCGGACACCCUCCGCCCCGCGCUUCACUUCCUUCGCCACCGCGUCUCCCUGCGCCGGAGACCCCUCCCGGUCGCCGCCGCCCUGCUCCUCGCCUUCUCUGUCGACCGUACCCUCCUCCCCAAGCUCCUCUUCCUUGGCGACGCGACGGGGCUCCCCGACCCCGCCAUCUGUGCCAUCAUUCGCCGCGCCCCCGCCAUCCUCUCCUGUGGUAUUGAAACUAACCUCACACCCAAGCUCCAGUUCCUUGCCGACGGCAUGGGCAAGGACCCAGCCACCGAGCUCACCGACUUCCCACACUACUUUGCGUUCAGCUUAGAGGGGAGGAUUAAGCCGAGGCACGAAGCGCUGAGGUUGAGGGGCAUUGAGAUGUCACUAAAGGACAUGCUCACGAGCAGCGAUGAUGAGUUCAAGGAGCGGCUCCUCGAUGCGGCACUCGCCGGCAAUAAGGAUAUGAUAUGAGCCUGCACUUCGGCCAGUAUUAAAGCCCAAGGGAAAGUCUGAUAUGAAGUUCACAAGGAGCAAGGCAUGAAGUUAUAGUUUGACAAGAUCCCUUAAUGGAUGAUCAUUUUAUAUAGUCACUGCUAGAGUCAAGGAAGAGUUGAGACUUGAGUAUGAAUUGAAAAGGAUGCUGGUGCUAAGGUGAUGAUUACUUUCAAUCUACUAUUCUUGUGAGAAGGAUGGAUCUGAUGCAUGAGCUGUUUGAGAACGCAAAAGUUUUGGUUUGAUGGUGGAGCUGUGGGACCUAUGUUUAUCCAUCAAUGUGGAUCCUUUCAUCUGUUUCAUAUCUCACAGGUAAACCGCCCUUCUUCAUUUCAUCCACCCAUAUGCCCAUGGCUACAUCUUCUAGUUUGAACAUCUGCAAGAAUGGAUGAUGUAGAUAACAUGUUAUUUAGUCUUCUAACAUGUCUUCUGGUAGUAGAGAAGAUAAAAUAAUAAGAGGCUAGACACUUAGGUAUACAGUAGAAAUCAUUUGCUAUGCGGCAGCAGGCAGGACUAGUUUUGGUACUUCAUGUGACUCUUUAGCUGAGAUUUUAGUUAAACAGCUAAACUGUAAUUUAGGCAGCUUGACUGCAUUUAUACUUUUGAAUAGCUCGUGUAAGCUUAAUGCCUAGUAAGUUAAUAUUUCUGUUUAAUACAGAUAUUGUAGCUUAUUUUUGCUAAAUCCUCCAGGUUAUUGGCUUGGCAGGUCAGCUAGUUUUCAUUUAGCAUGUAGUUACGUGUGCGCCUAAAUAGCAAUACCUUUAGAGAACUUGUUUUAUACCAAAUGUUGAUUGUCUUUGCAAUGUCUACUGAGACGACGUAUCCUGGUCCAUGAGCCCAUGGUGGGUAUUUUUCUCCAGGCCAUUCCUGCAGAACAAGAACACAUGAGAAGUCCUAGUACUCCCUGUUUCCUGAUGAUAUAGAGGGAUGAACUAGUACUUUAAUGUUAAGGGGUAGGGAACCCUUUCAUGGAGGCAUUACCUCUGAGCUUAUGUACCAUUUGCUUUCACGAUUUCUGUGAGGAGCUGAGUCUGCAUUGAUGCGACCAUAAAGCAAACCUUUACUGACAUUCAGCUGUUGUACUGAGGAGUGGAUUGCAUCUACCCGAACAAAAGCAUCGUCAUCUGUUUUCAUCAGAUACUUGGCUGAUACAGCACUGGUCUGUUCAAUUAAAGGGAUCAAAUAAAUCACUAUUAAGCACACAGAUAGAAAGAAAUGAAGAAGCAUAAAUUAAUGGUGAACAUCAAUAUGUACCCCAUAGAUGCAUAUUGCCAGUGUUUUCCAUGUAAUCAAGCUGUAGUAAUCAACAAAGGGCAACACCUGAAUGUCACCAUAUGUGUGUGCCUCAUUCCAGAGUUCCUUAUUUACCAUCAGGCCAACGAAAAACCG